CGGUGGUAAUGGAUUGACCUGUGAUUGGUGAACGGUCCCUUCGGUUUUGAAGAAAAAAUGGGUAAAGCAGCGCCAUGUUGACCAGCAUCACCGAGAGCAUCUUCUGCUGCCUGAUGGGAAAGACGACCAGCGUUGUGCUGCCGGUCGAAUCAUCAGACGGCAAGCCUGCAGACGGAUUCGAGUUGGUCGAGGUGAAGCCGGGUCGUGUGCUGCGCGUGCGCCACAUCCUCCCUGAACGGCCUGCUACGACAGAAGCGCAGCCAGAAGCGGGCAGCAGCGUCCACUGCAAGCGCAAGAUCACGGUGUACCGCAACGGCCAGCUGGUGAUCGAGAACCUGGGCGACGUCCUCCACUCCGAGAUCCUGCAGUGCCAGAACGGAGACGUGGAGCAGUGCAGCACAGUGGAGGUUGAGCUGUCCGAUUACACCACCGCCCCCUCGUCCCCGGAUCCCAAACUCGCUCCGCCGCUUCCCACCUCAGACCAGCAGAAGCCGGCUCCUCCGCCCAGACGCCGGCGGCGGAGACCCAAGCGCACCGUGCUGAUCGAUACGGAGCGCUGCAUCAGCAGCUGUAAGGGGACGCAUUCGGACGUGGCGCUCUUCUUCAUCCACGGCGUGGGCGGCUCGCUGGACAUCUGGGGGAGUCAGCUGGAUUUCUUUUCGCGGCUGGGGUAUGAGGUCAUCGCCCCGGAUUUGGCGGGACACGGUGCCAGCACUGCCCCUCAGAUAGCAGCGGCGUACACCUUCUACGCCCUCGCCGAGGACCUGCGCGCCAUAUUUAAGAGAUACGCCAGAAAACGGAACAUCCUCAUUGGUCACUCCUACGGGGUGUCGUUCUGUACGUUCCUGGCACACGAGUAUCCGGAGCAGGUGCAUAAGGUGGUGAUGAUCAAUGGAGGUGGCCCCACGGCCCUGGAGCCCAGCCUGUGCUCCAUCUUCCAGCUGCCCUCCUGCGUCCUGCAGAAGAAUAUGACACAAACGCAGCCUUGGGUGUCGUUCUGUACGUUCCUGGCACACGAGUAUCCGGAGCAGGUGCAUAAGGUGGUGAUGAUCAAUGGAGGUGGCCCCACGGCCCUGGAGCCCAGCCUGUGCUCCAUCUUCCAGCUGCCCUCCAACUGCAGGGGGUCAAGUACGGGACCAAUCCUCUUGUUUGCGUUCCUGAAAGUGAUCGAGGAAGGCAGUCACAUGGUGAUGAUGGAGUGUCCCGAGACGGUCAACACGCUCCUGCACGAGUUCUUCCUCUGGGAACCUGACAAUUCCAAAAAGGACACGGUUACCACGGUAACAGCCGACGAGGCCACAGCCGUCCAGACGCUCGCCGUCAGCACAGGGACGCCCAAGGUCAACAAGCCCCUUAACAAAAAAGGACUGAUGAAAAUCAAGUGUGUCCAAGUCCAGACGGGACUGAACUACGAGAAAGAGGAGGAGAAUUUGCUGAGGUGUCGAGCAUGUGGUGUGCAGUGGGUGUUUGAGGUUUUGAGCAUCCUCAGGCCCCGUCCAGGGAGAGAGGGGGAGAUCCAAGACUGUGCCGCGAGUGAUUAG